AUGAUUGAGGACCACAUGGAGUAUGGGCAUCAUUUUUCAAGGAAGUUGGCGGACUCGACGUUGUCGCUCCCGCGGCAGGGAGUGAAGGAGCAGCAGUGGUCUCCCUAUGCGGACAACGGCGGCACAAUUGCUGCCAUUGCUGGCAAAAAUUACGUCAUUUUGGGUGGAGACACGCGCCUGAAUGGCGACUUCUGCAUCCACGCUCGUGAUGACCGCACAAAGUUGUUUCAGCUCACAGAGCACACAUUUCUUGCGUCAACAGGUAUGCAGGCGGACCGCCUCCAGCUUCAGCAGAUGCUGAAGUAUCGUAUUCAGUGGUAUCAGUAUAACAACGGGGGAAAGUUGCCUUCCACGAAGGCCAUUGCGAAGCUUACCUCCACCAUGUUGUAUCAGCGACGCUUCUUUCCGUACUACACGUUUAAUAUGGUUGUUGGCCUUGACGAAAAGGGCGCUGGCGUGUGCUACAGCUAUGACCCUGUUGGAUCGACGGAACCCUUCCGCUACGGCACUUCCGGGUCUGCGAGCAGCUUCGUGGAGCCGCUCAUGGACUGCCUGCUGACGCGCCAGCACAUGGUGCAACAGGCCCCUGCUGAACUCAGCAUGACAGAGACCCUUGAGAUGCUUAAGAACGCUUUUACUGGAGCGGCAGAGCGUGACAUCUUCACGGGCGACGCUGUGUGCUUUCACAUCAUCACGGCGGAUGGCAUCCGGAGCGAGCUGUUCGAAUUACGGAAGGACUGA